AUGUUCCUUCGCCUGUUGUUUGUUACCUGUUUGAUUCUUACUGCACUUGCGAAAAAAUCGAGGGUUAACGAUGAAACUGAGCAAGUAGCAGAAAAACCCGUUUCACCUCGGCAACCAAUAUCAACAGCGCUUGCUGAUAGCGAUGAAUGUAAGGUUGAUGUUGAACGUCAUUGUGCGAAAGGUGGAACGAAACUUAUCCCUAAUUUGAAAGUACUGGAAUGUAUUGACGAUCUUGAUAAUGCUGUUAAUCUGAUCAGUAAAGAAUGCCAAAAUCGAAUCUAUGAAUUUAAAUACAACAUGACACGCGAUGUACGUUUUGAUGAUGCAGCAAAUCGACUUUGUUCCAAAGAUAUUAAGUUGUUGGAUGUCUGUAACGAGGAGACAGACGAACGCGGGACUGGUCGUUUGAUAACGUGCUUAUACGAACUGCUGAAAAAUAUCACGGAACCAACUUGUCGAAAUUUCAUUCAACAAAUACAUUCGGUUAUAUUGACUGAUUGGCGUUUAUCCGAAGGAUUCACUCAGAGUUGCAUGAAAGAUAUUGUCGAACAGAAAUGUGGCCGAUUAGAUGACGAGAACGAAACACUUCCACAUGAUCAAGGUGCUGUUAUUUCGUGUUUAGCAAAAAGUCAAAAGAAAAUAUCUCCAGCAUGUUCAAAAGAGAUUUCACGUUUAACUGAGAUGCAAUCGGAUGAUUAUCAUCUCGAUCGAGCAUUGUAUCUUGCUUGUCGAGGGGAUCGUGAACGUCUAUGCCCGCAAAUUGCUAGUGGAAACGGACGAAUCUAUCGAUGUUUAUUUGAACAGAAGUUUAACACAAUGAUGUCACGCGAUUGUCGAAAGGAAGUUGAUCGCCGGCAAAAAACGAUAACUUCCAAUGCUCUUCUGGAUGUACCAUUACUCACUGCAUGUCGUAAAGAAAUGACUGAACAUAAGUGUACCGCUGACAUGGAUAGUCCUGACAAACAACUGACACUGAUUAAUUUACUGUUGUGUCUCGAAGAUCGUAUUAAAAAAGGUAACCUAAUCAAAGAACAAUGUCAACGUGAGAUGCUUACCUAUCGUCGUAUGCUGAUGUCUGAUUAUGCACUUUCACCUGAAAUCAUCUCGCAGUGUAAAACCGAAAUGACCGAACAUUGUCCCGCAUUCUAUCAGAAAGGUGCAAGUGGUUCCAUCGAUCAACGCGGUGGCCGAAUGCUGCAUUGUUUAAUGGGUGCGGCAAAAAAACAAAAAGAUUUUAGUCCGGAAUGCGAAGGUUCUAUCAAAUCCUUACUACGUGCAGCUGAUCCAGGUAACGACAUACGAGCUGAUCCGUUACUUGAAACAACUUGUCGACCUGUGAUUGAAACCUUGUGUCAAAAAAUAAAACCUGGUGACUCAAAUAUUAUCAUGUGCUUGUUGGAUCAUUUAAAACAUACGCGGAUGUCAGCGGAAUGCGAAGAACGUCUAAUGGAAGUUGCCUAUUUCAUGGCUCGAGAUUGGAGAUUGACACCUAAACUAUUACAAUCAUGUCGAAGGAAUCUAAAGGCACAAUGUAAUCUUCCGUCCAAUUGGACCAUGCAAAGUAAAAUAGACGAUGCAACUGUAGGAACCUAUCUAAGUUGUUUGUAUCGACAAAAGCAACAACUUGAUAGAGAAUGUCGCGAUGAGCUAUUACGAUUGAUGCGUAUUCGAAGUCAAACAAUUGGUCUUAUGCCUGAAAUUGAAGAUAAAUGCAUGACGGAUUUAGCAACAUGUCAAAAUCCCGAAGUGAAAGGCGAGGAGAUGAAAUGUUUGCAAAAGAAAUAUGAGAAAUUAGAACUGGAGUGUCAAAAUGCCGUGCGAGAGUUUACGAAAAUAACGAUGUUGGAUCCCGCUCUCGAUUCCAUUCUUACAAAAGCCUGUGAACCAAUGAUUAGUACAUUCUGUCCAAACCUUGGCGAGGGGAAAGAAAAUGAAUUGAUUCGCUGCUUGAUCAAAAAUAAGAACAAUCCAAAGAUGAAUUUUCGCUGUAAAGCUGGAAUCGAACAUCAUCAAAUACUAAGCCUGAAGGACAAAGCCUUUCUCAGUAAUCAAUUUAACGAAAAAUGCCAAAAGGAAAUCACCGAGCACUGUUCGGACAAGAGAACCAAAGCAACGAUCAUUCAAUGUCUGGCCAAUUUAGCUCUUCAAGAUGAUUUACAGAAGAAGAACCGAAUCAAAGAAACAUGCCGUGAAGAAUUGAAAUUCGAACUUCUCCAACGAAGUGAAAGUAUCAAUGUUGACCCUUCGCUAGCUAAAGCCUGUCAAGUUGAUAUCGGUAAAUUCUGUAAGGAGCUGACUCCCGGAAAUGCUGAAAUUCUUGAUUGUUUGAAAAGAAAUCAUCGAAAGUUAUCGCCAUUGUGUUUUGUAAAAUUGAAAAAACGUGAAAAAAUCGAUGUUAUCUUGCCGGGCAACGACUUUAGUCUAACGAGCAAAUGUGGCGAAGUGAUACAGAAACAUUGUUCAAAUGAGAAAAAGCAAAAAAUUUUGUUAUGUCUCCGACGACAUACUAAUGAAGAAUCAAUGACUGUUGCCUGUCGACAAGUGUUAUACCAUCGUCUUAUGGUUUUAAACACCGGUAAGUUGAAUAUCAUUCGAAUUAAUGGAAUGUAA